AUGGCUCGCACCUACAACAUUGACAAAUCGCUCUUCAAGCACCACUUCCGAAUAGCUCCCACGGCCCAGCCGCCGGCGCCCCCUUCAUCCCCUCUGGACAGCGGCCUCUACGCGCCCAUCGCUGUCAUCGCCAACUCCCGCACCAUCCCCUUCAUCGCCUUGCACGCCGGUCCCGACGCAUCUCCGUCCACGCCCGUCAUCGCCAUGUCGCACCUCCCCGCCUUUAGCACACAUUUCAAGCUGGGCCUGGUUCCCCAGCCGGUGACGUCCGCGGGAGGCGCCAAGAGCGACAGCAGCGCCGACACCGUCUGGGAGGAGCUGCACAUGGACACGUCGAAUGGCUCGAGACACAGCUGGUCUAUGGUGUUGUUGCCCGACGAUGGCGAGGGGGGCGGCGGCCAGGGAGACGGGCGCCGGGCACUUCACAGGAGGACGUUUGUCUGGAAACGGACUCAUGCCGUUGCCGUCGACGGGAUGCAGAUUGCGCCUCUCAGCACGCGCAACUGGAAGCUUGUCGAGAAGCUCGACGCGGAUGACGCUCUUGGCGGUGCAGACCGACGCGACUCGGCGGGAGAGGCUCACGAGGACAAGACAAACCCCGUGUUGGCCGUCUUCACGACCAGCACCAAGAGGGGGCGCUGUGGCGUGCUACAGAUCAACGUCAACUACGGGGGGCAGUUUGAUACCAUUCUGCUGCUGGCACUAUUGACACUGUACUGUUCCGGUCGUUGAAUUGAUCAUCAGGGGUGUCUCCUGGAGGUUGGCUGCGGGGAAAGCUGGGGGAAACACGUGCGGUAGGAUUUUUGAUGCUACUUAUGAUACCCAAAGCAAUGAUAAAGCCGUUCUUUCCUCCCGUCUUUCACUCUGCCGAGCACAGGAGGCAUAUAUCCUUUCAACCUGCCGCAGCCCCGGCAAUGUCCGCGAUUCUCGGCUUCGUCUUGUUGAUGCAAUAGUACC